GCCAGUUGCCAAAAAUACCAAAACAAAUCGACAGUGCAGGGGAAAGACGGUUCAUGAAAUAGCAUAACAUUUAAACAGUCAUGUCAUGAUUGAGGCGAGGCGUUUCAUUGCACCUUAUGGAUUACCUAGCUUUCUUUCUGGAGUAUUCUUUGACGUGGAUCGAUGAAAGGUUUGCCUGAUUGUUGUCAGCUAGCUAACAUUAGUUAGCUAGCUAGGUAUCCAAGUUAGACAACUCGCUGCUUUGCUUCGCAUUUCCUUUUUUUGAGUAACAUAAUUUAGCUAUACUAGAUCGAGAUUGUCGUUAAAAAUAUAUGACACAUUACGUGGAAUGGACAUUAUUUCAAGCUGACAAGUUAAGUCUCUUGUUAGCUAACCUCAUUUGGAUGUUCAUACUCCUAGCUAGCUAACCUGUUCACUAACGUUAGCUAGCUAGCAAUAGACAGCUAUCAUGAGUUGGUUCAGCUCUACCCAACUGUCAAGCUUUGCCAAACAAGCUUUGACAACAGCUCAGAAAUCCAUCGACCGAGUUCUGGACAUUAAAGAAGACGAAUGGGGUGACACAGUGGUAAUGCCUUAUGACGGUAGGUGAAGUAACGUUAUCUAGCUAGCUAGCUUAGCAUGUCUGUGUGCUGUUGUCAGUGGUUGUUUUGGGGUCAACAUUAUACAACCUUUUGCGUUUGAACAUUAUUUCUGAAUUGAUGUGAUUACCAAUGGAAGCAAGACACUAGUCAUCUUGAUAAGGAAGGCAGUCAUGAUGAGGUGUCCAUGAAGAGGUGUCUAAUGUACUGUACCCAAUAAAGCAAAUAUUUGAUAUGGUUUGGAGUCUGACUGUUAUAAGUCCUUAUCAUCUGGACAUUAACCAACAAGGAUUUUCCCGUUAGAUCUACCAGGGAAGACUCCAUUGAGCAGUGGAUGGGGGAUGACACAAUGGGACUCUCCUCCGGAGGAAUGCACCACAACUCUCCCCCCAUCGUCUGAGGCCAUCACAACCCCUGUCACCCGCAUGGUUGUGGAUGAAACAGAGAACUUCUUCAGUGCUUUUCUGCCCUCAGGAGAGCUCCAGGGUGUCAUGGACAACCAGGUUGUCUCUGUGCCGCCCACCAAGUCCCACAGGCGGCCACAGGAGAAGGAUGAGGAGGACAUGGAGACGGUGGUUAAGGACGACGUGGACCUUCACAAGACAGGCCUGACAGAGACCGACCGACUGGAAGACAAGGAAGCUACUGAGAACCAGGCUGUCCUGACUGAGUCCUCAAGUCUAUGGUCUUCCUCGGAAAUCGUCCUCGUUCAGACACCAGACCCUCCAGUCCUGGCUCAGAGUGAUGCUCCUGAUGACACUGACAGUCCACUAAUCAGUGAGAGCUGGAUAGAAUCAACUGUAGAGGAUACAACUGCUGUUUCUGAGGAUGCACAAACAGAACAACCAUUUACUCCCUCAGAAACCCAACCUGAUGAUGAUGUUGUUCACACCUCUGAACCCACCGUCAACACUGAAAUGGAGCCCCCCUUCAAUCCAACUCCUCCCACACCCCCUAGGGAAAUCUUAUUGGAGCCCAAAGACCCCAAAGCGGGGGACAGGCAGAGUGACACACCCUCCCCCAAAUCGGAGGACAGACAGAGCAACACCCCCUCCCCUCCUGUCAGCGCCUUCUCCUCAGGCACCUCCACCACCAGUGACAUUGAGGUUUUGGACCAUGAGAGUGUGCAGAGUGAGAGCUCAGCCAGUUCCAGGCAGGAGACGGCAGAGGCCAAAGCAGGCCUCCACCUGAUGCAGGGCUCCUUCCAGCUUCUCUCAGCCUCUGCCUGUGGGGACUUCCCCCGCCUGGAGGACUACCCCAAGCUGACCGAGAGCUGUGGAUCCUCCUCAGAUGCCUUUGAGCGCAUCGACUCGUUCAGCAUGCAGUCCCUGGACAGCCGCAGUGUCAGUGAAGUCAACUCUGACGAUGAGAUCCCAGGGAGCCGGACGCUGGCGUCUGUCACCGCAGGGCCCACGCCUUCACCGCCUGUCAGAGUGGCAACCACCGAACAGGAACGGGAAGAGGAGGAGAAGCAACAGGAGGAGGAAGAAGAAGACGAGGAGGGGCUAACAGAAACAAUGAAGGAUCAGUCUCUGGAUGAGAAUGAGAUGGAGGAGAGUGGUCGCAGUGCCACGCCUGUUAACAGUGAGCAGCCUGAGGACCUGAUGGAACAGGAACAGGAAUCAGAGGCGGACGUCACACUGUCAGGUCCCACCCCUGACCAUGAGGAACCGCUGCCCCCACCAAUAACAGAGGAGAAAAGAGGAGUGUCAACAUGUCAGAUUCUGGAGCUUCAAAAGGUAACACACCUGUUCAGAACAUGACGUUUGUAACUUGUAACAACACUUUUUAAUGAACAGUGUGUGUGUGUGCGUGAGUUGGUGUGUCCCUUUUAUAAAUACCAACGUCUGGAGAGCAGAAUUGUAAAACACUUGGUUGGGCAAUCCUGUUCAUACGCCAAAGUAAAUAGUCACUCUGGAUAAGCUGCAUUCCCCCAAACCAUCAUGAAUAUACAAUGUGCACCUCUGUUUUGAACAACGCUUUUGAUGGAGACUGUGAGAAGACUGAAGGACUAAUAAUUUAAUAAGUUUAGAAACAAGGUGCCUUAUCAGUGUUUUUGAUGCAUUGGUUUGUGGAAUAUCCUUUUUUUGUAGGUAAUUGAUGAGCUGUCAAGCCGCCUUGAGAAGAGGGAGUUACAGCUGCUGUCAGUCAGCAAAGACAAGGCCAGGCUGGAGGAGGAGUGUGACAACCUUAAAGAGUGAGUAUAAAGAUCCUGACAAUGUGUAAAACCCAUGUCUGAAAUGCAUUGUAAGGGCAGAAAGAAGCAGUGUACAAAACAAAAGGAACACCUUCAUAAUAUUGAGUUGCACCCCCUUUUGGAAGGAAAAUGAUGUGGAUAUAUUGAAACAACAUCUCAAGACAUCAGUCAGGAAGUUAAAGCUUCCAAAUGGACAAUGACCCCAAGCAUACUUCCAAAGUUGUGGCAAAAUGGCUUAAGGACAACAAAGUCAAGGUAUUGGAGUGGCCAUCACAAAGCCCUGACCUCAAUCCUAUAGAAAAUGUGUGGGCAGAACUGAAAAAGCGUGUGCGAGCAAGGAGGCCUACAAACCUGACACAGUUACACCAGCUCUAUCAGGAGGAAUGGGCCAAAAUUCACCCAACUUAUUGUGGGAAGCUUGUGGAAGUCUACCCAAAACGUUUGAUCCAAGUUAAACAAUUUAAAGGCAAUGCUACCAAAUACUAAUUUAUUGUUUGUAGACUUCUGACCCACUGGGAAUGAGAUGAAAGAAAUAAAAGCUGAAAUAAAUCAUUCUCUCUACUAUUAUUCUGACAUUUCACAUUCUUAAAAUAAAGUGGUGAUCCUAACUGACCUAAGACAGGGAAUUUUUACUAGGAUUAAAUGUCAGGAAUUGUGAAAAACUGAGUUUAAAUUUAUUUGGCUAAGGUGUAUGUAAACUUCUGACUUCAACUGUAAAUGUUUUGUGUUGCCCAUUCACCCUCUGAAUGGCACACAUACACAAUCCAUGUCUCAAGUCUUAAAAAAUCCUUCUUUAAUCUGUCUCCUCCCCUUCAUCUACACUGAUUGAAGUCUAUUUAACAAGUGACAUCAAUAAGGGAUCAUAGCUAACCCGUCUACUUGAAUAGUAAAGAAACAAAUAGCAAAUAGUUUGUCGGCCAAUUUGUCCACUUGGUUGUGUCUAUGGUAAAGUAUAGUCUAUGGAAAAGGAUGGUCCUUUAAGAGACUGAGGGGUCUCUCUGUGUUGCAGUGAGGUGAUAGGUCUUAAGGAGGAGAGUUCCAGUGUGCAGUCUCUGAAGGAGGAGUUCACCCAGCGCAUCGCAGACACAGAGAGGAAAGCCCAGCUAGCAUGCAAGGAGAGGGACAUUGCCAAGAAGGUAAAACACAAGCUUAUUACUCCCUGUCUGUGCCAGGUAUUACUGUCCCUGGUUACUCUACCCCCAUAAUAAUUGAUUUUAAGAUUAUUGAGUCAAAUAACUGAACAUUAGUGACCGUGAUAGUCACAUUAUGAACAAAGCCGCCUUCAAGAACGCGCUCUCCAGUUUAUUUUACUGUUCUGCUUCCUCCAUAGGAGAUCAAGGGGAUGAGGGAAGAGCUGUCCACCAGACUGAACUCCAACGAGACUAUGGAGAUCAUCAGAGAGAAGGAGGAGCAGAUCCGAGAACUGCUGGAAGAGGGUGAAAAGCUGUCCAAGCAGCAGCUGCAGCACUCCAACAUCAUCAAGAAGCUGCGUGUGAAGGAGAAGGAGAGUGAGACCAAAAUCUCCAAACAGAACAAGAAGCUGAAAGAGCAGGAGGAAGAGCUCAAACACCUACAGCAGGUCAGUGGAAAUAUAUAUAUUUUAGAAAAAUCGCAUUACUUCAGUGGUCAUCAGUCUAUCCUGAUCCUGAAAGCCCAUUUGGUAUUUAACCCUGCCUGGCUGUGUGUGUGUGUCUGUAGGUUCUGGAUGAGAAGGAGGAGGUGGAGAAGCAGCACAGGGACAACAUUAACAAGCUGAAUGUGGUGGUGGAACACCAGGAGAAGGACAUGACCAAACUCCAGAGUGACUCAGAGGAGCUCCUGGAAAACAACAGGAGCCUGCAGGCUGCCCUCGACAACUCCUACAAGUAAGGAUACAUACUGUACUUCACUCUACUAGUAUAACUCGCACAGGUGAAAUAUUAGCUCACUCCACCCUACUUUUCCAACUCCUGCUUCAGACGUGCAGAUGUGCUUGUAAUUUUGAAAUCCCACAAAGACACAACAUUCUGACAGGUAAAGACUGUCACAGAAGCACCAACUCAUACAACAUAUCCAAGCCAGUGUAGUGUAGUAACGUGGCGGAAGGUAGCCAGCGGUUAAGAGCGUUGGGCCAGUAACUGAAAGGUCGCUGGUUCGAAUCCCUGAGCCGACUAGGUGAAACAUCUGUCGAUGAGCAAGGCACCUAACCCUAAUUGCUCCUUUAACUCGCUCUUGAUAGGAGCGUCUGCUAAAUUACUCAAAUGCAAAUGUGUGUCUGUGAUCUGAGGGAGCUGGCGGUGCUGCACAAAGCCAAGGCCAGCCAUGCCAGCGAGGCCCAGGAGGCUGCUUUGAGCAGGGAGACCCAGGCCAAGGAGGAGCUGGCUCUGGCCCUGGUGAAGGCCCAGGAGGAGGCCCGCAUGCAGCAGGAUGCUCUGGUCAACCAGGUGGCUGAUCUGCGGCUGGCUCUGCAGAGGGCUGAACAGCAGCAGGCCAGGAAAGAAGACUACCUGAGGGAGGAGAUCAGUGACCUGCAGCAGGUAAGAGACACUCACACAGGCCUGUUCUCCUCAUGUCUUCUUUGGAGUUGACUGUAAGGGGAAGCCGUGCUUGUGUGUUAGGGGUCAAAGGUCACACAUUGAUGUGUUUGCCGGUUGUCUCCAUAGAGACUGCAGGGGGCGGAGACCAGGAACCAAGAGCUGAGUCAGAGUGUUACCUUGGCAACGCGGCCCCUGCUCAGACAGAUUGAGAACCUGCAGGCCUCGCUGGGGGGCCAGACCGCAUCAUGGGAGAAACUGGAGAAGAGCAUCUCAGAUCGACUAGGUUACUCUCAAAAGUUACUCUAGUUUGUAACAAGCUUUUUAAGAGUCUUCUCUGGACCACCGAUUGCGCCUAUAUAUAUAUAUAUAUAUAUAUAUAUAUAUAUAUAUAUAUAUAUAUAUAUAUAUAUAUAUAUAUAUAUAUAUAUAUAUAUAUUUUUUAUAUAUAUAUAAUUCAUUUAACCUCCCACACUUUAACUCAACAGUGGAGGCACAGGCCCAGCUUGCCGUUGCCGUGGAAAAGGAGCGUGCAGCAACCGAGGAGCUGAUGGCCAUUAAGGCCCAGCUGGCCUCGCUGGAGUCCCAGAAUUCCCUGCUUCGACAAGAGAAAGGGCGUCUCCACGGUCAGCUGGACGCAGAGAAGACCAGGCGGGAGAAACUGGAGGAUGACAGCAGCAGGUACUGGAGGGCUUUUUUUCAUAGGCUCUGUGAGACUAAAACUGUUGCACAGCAGUCAGUUGCCUUUGCUUUCAUUAAGGUGGACCUGACGGCUAUCCAUUACAGAGCUUUGGAGCCUUUCCAUUAAUGCCCAUUUUCUGUCAUCCUUAUGGUUUAGGGAGCAUGUGGAGCUGGAUAAUCUGAGGGGAGAGCACACUCGAGCACAGGAGGAGGCCAAGAAGGAGAAGGUAUGUUCCCUCCCCUGCCCUACUCACCCUGCAGUAAUGGAACAACGCUCCUCACACAUCCGUAACCUCCUCUAUUCUGUCUGUUCCUCCCACCAGCUCCUCCUGACCAAUCAGCUGGAGAUGGAGAAAAUGAAGGUGGAGCAAGAGAAGAAGAAAUGCUACCUAGCACAAGAGGCCCUCAAGGAAAAGGUAUAUAUAUUUAUCAAUGUCUGUUCUAUAUAUCAAUGACCAGCCUUGUGUGUCUGUUCUUAAAUCAAUCUGUGUGGCGCGAGACUGGCCUGAUGUAUAUGAUGUUUCUCUGUCAUUAGGAGCGGAAGGUAUUGGUUCACUCUGUGGGUGAGCCCCCAGCCUCAUCCACCCCCUCCCUGUCCCGUUCCAGCUCCAUCAGUGGGGUAGAUCACGCCGGCCUGCACUCCUCCUUCUCCCAGGUACUUGCCACAGGCACACCUUUUACCCUUUCGUACCCAGCCAACCUCCCAUUUCUAGCCCAGUAUUAGGGAUGACCUAGAAAGUUAUGUUUUUUUGUUUAUUACAUGCAGCUCAGUAAGAGCUGUUGGUAGAGCAUGGCGCUUGUAACGCCAGGGUUGUGGGUUCGUUUCCCACGGGGGCCAGUAUGAAAAAUGUAUGCAGUCACUAACUGUAAGUCGCUCUGGAUAAGAGCGUCUGCUAAAUGACAAAAAAAACAAGAUGAAUAGGGAACUUAUGACAAAGGGCCAAAUCCUAACUAUUUUGCAUAAUUGGUUCAUUUGAGGUUGAAUGGUUAACAAGACCUGUUUUGUAUUUCAUCAGGAGGACUCUCUGGGUCACUCGUUGGGGACGAUGACCAUGUCUAUGAGUGGGACCAACCUGUAUGAGGCGGCUCGGCUCAGUGGAGGCUCCAGCAUCAUAGAGAACCUGCAGUCCCAGCUCAAACUCCGAGAGGGAGAGAUAGCGCAGCUACAGGUACCAGCUGCCUGCCUGACACUGCUUUCACAUUGCUUUGAGGACUACCAUUGGAAGUCUCCUACAUGCAUUUCUUUAAAUGCCUUCUAGUUUUCAAUGAAGUUUAUGAUUUACAAAUAUACUGUUGUUGAAAAACUGUGCUUGCCAGGAUCUUACCACUCGCUUCUCAUCUCCCUCUCUCUCUCCAUCCCUUUCUCCCUCAGCUGGAGAUCUCUAGUCUGGAGAGGACUCGCUCGUCCAUGGCGGAGGAGAUGGUCAGAUUGACCAAUCAGAAUGAGGAGAUGGAGGACAGUGUGAAGGAGAUCCCCACACUGAAAGUGCAACUUCAGGUGAGGAGAGGAUCAAUUCAUACAAAUACCACUAAGCCAGUGAAAUACAAGUACCACUAAGCCAGUGUAAUCAUAUUAGGGUCAAUCCUUGUUGUGAUUCUUUACUUAAAAACCAAGAUGUUAUGUGAGAACUGACAUCUCACAAGAUGAGUUGCUGGGCAGAGAUGUAUAACCAUCUAGGAACAGAUAAAGGAAAGGUAAAGUCAAUUAGGGUAAACCCUCUUGUGACUAUAUAGAUCUAGUGUUGUCCUCUGAGCCUGUGUUCUGUGACUGACUGUGUUGUAGGAGCUGGAGCAGAGACACAACACCAUCCUCCAGAUGUAUGGAGAGAAGGCUGAGGAGGCAGAGGAGCUGAGACUUGACCUGGAGGACGUCAAGAACAUGUUCAAAACCCAGAUUGACGAACUGCUCAAGAACCAGAAAUAG